GCACCUCCCUCUCCCUCCGUCCAUCCUGCAGGCUGCAGUCCCAGCGCGUACCGACGCCUCCCCAAGCUGGAACCGUACUUUACUGGCAGUAAUCUUCCCACCCGCCUCGGCGCCUCCUCCCCACCUCGCCCGCUCUCGCUCCGCUGUUCUCCUCCCGCUGUCACCUUCCUCUCCCGGCGAAGCGUGGCUCCCGCGACCGGCCUCUCAGUACCCGCUCCUCCUCCUCCGCGCGCGGAGCGCCGCGGCCGAGCACGGCCGCCGCCGGAUCCUCCGCCCGCCCGCUCCGCAGUCCGCCGCUUCCGCUCUCGUGCUGCGGCUAGCGGAGCGGAGAUCCGUCCGGACCUGAACUGGGGUUUCUGCUCGCUGUUGAAAAACGCCCGCCGCUACAUUUGCAAGGAACCCCACGCCGCACCCCCGUGCCGCGCGCCCGAGCCCGACCCUCCUCUCAUUCCUCUCUCUCCCUCCCUCUCCCAUCUCUCCUCUCCCCGACGCCCUCUCCCGGCGCCUCGCCGCCCGUCGCCGCUUCCCCCUCCUCGCACCCCCUCUCCCUCUCCGCCCUGCAGCGGCAGGCGGCGACGGCCCCCAAUGGCGGCGGACUGGUUGUCGGCGCGCCGGGCGUGGGAGAAGUGGACCACGAAGCACGUCGGCCCCUCCGGGAAGCAGGUCCAGGCCGCGCUGCUGCUCAACUACGACCCGUCCGGGCCGUCUAGGCUCCUUCCGGUCAUAGCAGAGCAAGAGGGAACACAACUUACAGCUAUUGAUAUGCGACCAUUCCUUGACUUUGUUAAGAGGGGUAAUCUGCAGACCGAAUUCUUCUCUAUUAGGCCAAACCAAUAUUUGGUCACCUCAAUCCAUGAUAACUGGUAUUGUGCCCGCUGCGUUAACAGCACAAAGUCAGUAGGCGAAGGAGCUAUAGUUAUGCAGAUUGGAGCUUACUUAUUAGUCUGUAUGAUGGUUCUCUUGCUUCAGCUUCACAAGCAAUGGUGGCUGCUGAUCAGUUUGCAAUGCAGUUUAACCGGAGAACUCACUAAUUUCCUCUUAGUAUAGUUUGAUGAGUGAUGUUGGCCUGCGAUUUGGUAUUAUUAGGGAUCAUAGUGCUAAAAUGCAUUAAAUGACCUUAUGCAAUUCCUAAUGUUACCAUUUCCUUGGGUCAGUAGGUACGCUAAUGUAAUAGUCAAAACUGGCUGUGAUACUGAUGUUUCUAGUGUGAAGUUGAACAAGCUCAUGUUAAUAGGGGCAUGUGUGGUGCAGCCUAUUUCUAUCUGAGCUCGUGUAAAACCAUAGAAGAUUCCAAAUCUUGUGAGGUUCAUAAAACAUGGGAGCUCUAUGAAGAUGACCCAUGCUACACACAGACAUAAAACAUGAAGUUAGUCUUGGACUUGUUUUUCUUGUUGCA